AUCUUACGCCUUUUCAUCUUCCUCCGAUCUCUCUCCUUCUUUAUAUCUCUACUAUCGCUUUCCUAAAUGCGAUGUUUAGCUGCUUCUACUGAUGUUUUUAGUAGGUAUUUUGUUGGAUGUGUUUAAUUCGUGUGAUUUAGCUGUUGGCGCUUUUGCUUAUGUGUUGCUUUCUCGUUUUCUUUUUUUGUUUGUUUGUGUUUCUCAGCUGUGUGCUGUAAGUUUUGGUUAUUGUCUCUGUUGGCGUAAUGGAAUUUCGAUUUCGGUGAGAUUUUCUUUCGAAUUUGGGUUUUGGAAGUGUUUAUUGAGGAAUCGGGGAUCGCUUGUGAGUGUGUUGAGUUUGAAUUGGGAUUGGAAUUUGGUUUCCUUUAUUUACGAGUUUGGAUUGUUUUAAUUUGUGAUUUGAUUAUGGUUACCCUACGCGUUUUGUUGCAAUGUCUAAUGUGUGAUUGCAUAAUCUCUACUGUUUCCUUCAACUUCGCUGGUUUUGUUGAUAACUGACUCGUAUUGGAAAGGAGAAUGGUAACUUUGGAUAUGUUACGGAUAGCCCCAUUUUAAGAAGAGGAGAAAAGGACCGAGAGAAAGGCAGGGUCUUAAAAAAGUUGAAGGAAUCCAAGAAGUCAGAACCGUGCUCAAUGAAAAUCUAGAAGGUGGUGCUUCAAAGAUAUUGAUGACAACUCUGCAGAUGAUUAUUACGGUCUUGUAAUGGUGGCUGGUAGAUCAGAAAAUUGUAAGAUGACAGAAGCUUGCAUGCUUCCACCUGUAAAAAAACCAAGAAAGGAGCGAAACCGAGGAAAAUUGUCUGGAUCAGCCGCAACAACUGAGGUGAUGGAAGAAAUCUGGAAAGAUUUCCCAGAGGACCUUUUUGAAGCUGUCAUUGCGAGACUUCCCAUUGCUACAUUCUUCCGCUUUCGUGCUGUUUGCCAAAAAUGGAACUCACUGCUAAACUCUGAAAGUUUCUCUUUUUACUGUGCUCAAGUUCCACAAACCACCCCUUGGUUCUACACCAUUACUCACGACAUGGUUAGUUCAGGAGCCAUAUAUGACCCUUCUUUGAAAAAAUGGCACCAUCCAUCCAUUUCAUCUCAGCCUAUUAAAUCACUUGUCCUGCCAGUUGCUUCUGCUGGAGGUCUUGUGUGUUUGCUUGAUUUCAGUCAUAGGAACUUCUAUGUAUGCAAUCCUCUAACUCAAUCUCUUAAAGAGUUGCCAGCUAGAUCAGUUGAAGUGUGGUCUCGUGUUGCGGUAGGGAUGACUCUAAAUGGUAGUUCGACCAGUGGGGGCUACAAUAUCUUAUGUCUGGGCUGUGAUGGAGAGUAUGAGAUUUAUGACUCUGUUAAAAACUCCUGGAUUCACCCCGGGCGCAUGCCUUCUAGUAUUAAGCUUCCAUUAUCCCUGAAUUUCCGCUCACAAGCUGUCUCCAUUGACAGCACACUUUACUUCAUGCGUUCAGACCCCGAAGGGAUUGUGUCCUACAACAUGGUCACUGGGGUUUGGAAGCAGUUUAUAGUUCCCGCCCCGCUACAUCUGACAGACCAUACGCUUGCAGAGUAUGGGGGCCGGAUCAUGCUCGUGGGGUUGUUGACAAAAAACGCAGCCACGUGCGUGUGCAUAUGGGAGCUGCAGAAGAUGACUCUCUUAUGGAAGGAGGUUGACAGAAUGCCAAACAUAUGGUGCUUGGAGUUUUAUGGAAAGCACGUUAGAAUGAAUUGCUUGGGAAACAAAGGGUUGCUCAUGCUGUCCUUGAGAUCAAGGCAAACAAACAGAUUGGUUACGUACGAUGUGACGAGCAAGGAAUGGUCGAAAGUUCCUGGGGUGCCUCGCGGGAGGAAGCGACAAUGGAUAACAUCAGGCACUGCAUUUUACCCUUGCCCGACUGCUGUGGCUUGACUUUGCUUCUGGUUGGCUAUGCAGACAAUGUUCGAGGUGAGGAGUUCUCUCAUUGGAAAAAGCUUGUUAACUUGUAAGCUUUAUUUCGUUCCACGCAAGCCUUUUUUGCUGCUGAUUUUCUUCAUCUUGUAGUUUUGUAUUUUGAUCAGUUAAGUUAGAUUUUUCCCAAAUUAGACUUUGUGGUUCUGGUGUAAAAGCCUGUGUACAAAAUAACUUAAAAUGUCAAAAAGACAAAUUUAAGAAUUUCCUCUCUGUGCCCAGAAUUGUAUAAUAUAUUUGCUUCCAAAACAAACUAUUGUCUGUUUUCUCACCUUUAUUUCUAAACAGAAACUGCAUAAGUUCCUA